AUGUCCACAAAGGCCUCCUCACCACCCAUCCACUCUCUCCCUCCCCCCUCCAACCCCGAAAUCCCCCCCACCCUCCAAAAACAACUCCGCCGCAUCUCCCUCCAUCCAACCCUCACCCCCUACCGCCGCCGCGUCUACCGAGUCCUCCUCUCCGUCCCCCCCGGCCGAUGGACCACCUACUCGGCCCUGGCCACGUAUCUCGGGUCCAGCGCGCGGGCCGUCGGCAACGCGAUGCGCCGCAAUCCGUUCGCGCCCGAGGUGCCCUGCCAUCGGGUGCUGGCGGCCAAUGGGUCUCUGGGCGGGUAUAAGGGGGAAUGGAGCGUCAGUGGCCAUGUGGCGGGGGGAGGGUUUCAGGAGGAGAAGAGGGUGCGGCUGGAACGAGAAGGGGUGGAAUUUGAUGCCGAGGGGAAAGUAAUGGGGGUGUGUUUUGGGGAAUUUCGGGAUUGGGCGGAGGUUGUUUCUAGAUAG